AUGGACGAAUGGGCGGACCGGCUGGAGUCAACGGAGCAUUUGGAAUUGGCGGACAGCUUGCGAAUGACGGCAGUUGAGUCGGGGGAGAAAGUGGGAAGACCAUGGUAUGAUGAGAGUUCGGAAGUUGGUGCUUUGUCGGAUGAAUCUGCCAUUCCCAGCGCUUCUUGCUCCGAAGCCGCGUGUACCCUAGAAUACUCGACUUCCGUUCUCCCCGAAGACCUCGACUUCUUCUCUCCACAAAUCGACGAGGACACUUCUCCCCCUUGCCGAGAGCUUUCUUACUCGGACUCUAUGCCGUAUCUCACUCCGCUCCCGGAUGAAUCGACUAGCGGACCUUUCACCGAGUCAUCCACGGAACAAUCCGAAGAAGUCGAAGAGUUGCAAGAGUCUACAGAGCUAUCUUCCACGGACAGUUCAGAGCAGCUCAGCGGCAGCCGCGAUCUCUCUUUCGGAAGUACUGCUCUGGAAGAAUCGGACCAAUCCAGCUUCCAAAGCCGAGGUCUUGCUGGAGGGCUGGGGAAAGGGCUGGUGACAGAGUCAAUUCUGUCGUUUGACGCUCUCGUAGAGCGAGAAUGCGUCAGCAUGGAUGAAGGCGGAAUCACCCGGGACUCGAUCAUCGCUCCCUCAACCGAAAACCAUAAGCCGGAGACUACUCGAGAGACCUCCCAAGUGUUGACCGAAAAGUCUUCCAGUAUUGACAUGGGGUCCAGUGAGGAUGCUUUCGGUGACAAGGCGGAUAUUCCUGUCGCUGAGAGCCCACCUUCACCUUCGCCCAAAACCGAGUUUCACACCGAGCAGGAUGCAGCGCUCUCGGCCUACAUCGCUACCGCCGACAUGACUCGUAACAUGACUCCCAGUCCUCCAGCGAUCGUCCCACCCCCCCAGCCUUUGACUCCUACCCAAGCCAAUAGAGCCUCCAGAGCCACAGCCGACGGUGAUCUCUCUGAGCUUAUCUCAAAGAAGACGGUGCUCUACGCUUCACCUGCGUAUCAGUAUGAGCCGUUUGAGGUGGGCGAUAGUGUCUCUGAAGAAGACAAGACUAUCGACACGAUUCAGCAAGAUGCUCCAACCCAAGAAUCAGCUUCUGCAGAGACGAAUGGUGAACAGUCAACAAAGUCGAGCGACUUUACCGACGUUGUGCUUGCUCAGGAGAAGGUCGACGUUGUCCCGGCUCCGGUUGACAGUGAUGAGAAUCCCGAAGAGGAAAGACAGCCUGUCACCAUUACCAUUCGCAUGCCGCGCGGCGAAGACUAUGUCGAGCUCCACAAGGCCGUCGUGGAACCUUCCUUCCAGCCACCAAAUGUCCCUUCUUCCAUCCGACAUACUAUACCCAAGAGCGAGACUCUUCUCAGCGUCCCGGAAGCGAGAAAGCUACAAUCAAAAGGAAACGAAGAGAGCCGUCCCACCAUAGCCUUCAUUUCGCCCAGCACCUCAUAUUAUGCCGAGGACUUUGGGAGCAGCUCGGGUCAUGUUGUUCAUCCUACCGCAGCCGAACGUUUCGCCACUGAGGCCGGGCGCAAAGCGCGCGGCGGAAAAAGUGCCGCCGAGCAUGUGGUGUACACAUUUCACCAAAAGAAGCAGCGAUCUCCAUCCUCCCCCUCUGAAGACCGCGUAGUUCAGCUACCAGAUCCCGUUUGUCCUGCCAGGCGCGACAAAUAUGUCCUCGAGCAAAAGUCGACCAUUCAUUGGCUUUGGUUUUGCCUCUUAACAGGGUUCUUUUUCCCUUUUUGCUGGCUGGUUGGGGGAUGGUUUGUGGGCAAUAAACAAUUGAGGGAGUGGUAUAGAGAUGAUCGCCACGACAUGGCCGACCGGCAAGCUGUCAAGGAUGAAGCAAAGCGAAAGAAUGCCGUCAAUUCUGCGCCCCUAGCAGGCAGUCAACAGGUCGUUCUUCGACCUGUAGCAGGACAGACACCAGCACCGGGAAGACUGUACCAGUGUCGCAGGGUGCCUUCGGUCCUGAACGCGUGCACCUCUUGUCAUCAUCCUUAUUCAAUGGCCGUUCCCCGGAUCACUACCCACUCUGAAACGCCCGACAUGCCAGCGUCUGAUACUCAAAAAGGGCAAGUUGGGGAAGCUUCUACAUCAUGCACAUCCGUUAAAGAUGUCACAUCUAGUGGUGGUGACGAGCUCGAGCCCGGACAUCUCCACAGCGUGCUCGCUCGUUCCGCUGAUCAACAGUCCGACAGCCUCGCCGUGCCCACCCAUCGAGCCAUUCGCCACAGAGAAUCUCAUUCGACUCUAGCCUCUACCUCGAGCACUGUCAUGACUGCUCCUAGUGCUCGCAGCACCGAAACUUUCUGCCCUCGCGGACUGAGCCCUGAGCCUGGCGGCGGCAGCAGUAGCGUCUCUUCCCUUGCCUCUGAGUGCCCGCCUCAACAAGUGCAAAGUGCUUCACCCGAGUCUGUCAAAGGAAGCGAGCCGCGUGGCGGGAAUAGUGCCCAUCACCCGAGCGGUGACGAGGACAAGACCGACGGUGGCAGCAUAUUUUACAGCCCCGGCUGCGGUACCCCCCUGACCACAGUUCCUUCGACACACAAUCCUCAGCUUUCCCAUCAUGCUUUGGCCGACGCCGCUGCCAAGCUACCCGCCAACUUCACAUCAGCUUCUGCUCAUGGUGUUGACAAAGAGACUGGAGAGGAUCCGGGUUGGACGAGAGAAGCUGGGAUCAAGAGGGUGAAGAAACUACGAAGGGUGAAUAAAGUGGCUGCGUUGGUUGGGUUUUCACUCUAUAUUGGGAUUGGGAUCGGAUUGGGUAUUGGGUUUACCCAUCAUGCGUCUUGA